AUGGGAAAAGCGUGCUCAAAAGACCAAGAUUCAUCCCCCAGAACUUCAUCCAGAUUCUCCACAUCAGGCCAAAACGAAAACGUAAGAGAAAAUGGUCUUUCACAGUGACGAAGCACCAGUUUUGGCUCGAAAGGGAGAAAUGACAGUGCGAAUUCUUGUCGGACAUCAAUAGACUCCACUUCAGCUGGAAUAUCAAGAAAUAAGGUGCUGAUCGCUGCUUACAUGGGAAACCCUGACGCUGUCCUUGAGUUUAUUAACUCUGGAUUUCCUAUUGACCAUACUCUAAACGAAUCAGGAUGGACUCUUUUACAUGUUGCAGCACAAACAGGCGACUUGGCCCUUUUGCAGCUUAUUCUUGACCUGGGUGCUUCAAUAGAUGUAAGAGAAGAAAGCGAGGACUGAACGCCUUUGAUGGUAGCUGCUCUGAAUGGGAAGCUGGAAGCUGUCAAAGCUUUGAUUGCCAGAGGAGCGGAUCCGAAAUUGAUAAAUAAAUCCAACAAAAGAGCACUAGAUUUAGCGCUCCAGUACAACUGUUCCAAUGUAUAUCAGUACUUAAAAUCAUUCUCAUAA